GGCAUUGUGUCGGGAUCGCGGAGCUGCAUUUGUUUGCUGGAGGUGGGCGCUGAGCGGGCGUCGUGUUCGCCCGCGGUGGGCUGGAAGUGUCAGCAGUGGCCGUUGCCCCGGCCCCGGCGGGAGACCGAGUCCGAGGAACCACGCGCCCGCUGUCUGCGAUUGCUGGCAGGGGCGGCGAGCCAGAGGAGCAACAUGCAGAGAGGCGCCCGGCGCCCUGACGACCCCUCCCGAGGAAGAGAGGCCGGGGCGGCGCUGGGGCGGCGGAGAGCAUGAGGGAGGCCGGGGGGCGGCUCGGCUGCGAGCGCUACUAGGGAGCGGUGCGCACUGCACACUCGCCGGGGCGCAGCGGAGGGCGGGGAGCCGGGCAGGUCGCGCCAGCGCACGGGUGCCGGCCGCCGGGAGCUGUUCUGAUUUCCGACGCGGACGCUAGCGGCCAAGAGCAGCCCCCGGCCCCGGCGUGCAGCCAACAUGGGCAACGCGGGGAGCAUGGAUUCGCAGCAGACUGAUUUCAGGGCGCACAACGUGCCUUUGAAGCUGCCGAUGCCCGAGCCAGGUGAACUGGAGGAGCGAUUUGCUAUCGUGCUGAAUGCUAUGAACCUGCCCCCUGACAAAGCCAGGCUACUGCGGCAGUAUGACAAUGAGAAAAAGUGGGAACUGAUUUGUGAUCAGGAACGAUUCCAGGUGAAGAACCCUCCCCAUACAUACAUUCAAAAGCUCAAAGGCUAUCUGGAUCCAGCUGUAACCAGGAAGAAAUUCAGACGGCGUGUUCAAGAAUCCACCCAAGUCCUAAGAGAACUGGAAAUUUCUUUAAGAACCAACCAUAUUGGAUGGGUCAGAGAGUUUCUGAAUGAAGAAAACAAAGGUCUUGAUGUCCUAGUGGAAUACCUGUCAUUUGCGCAGUACGCAGUAACUUUUGACUUUGAAAGCGUGGAAAGCACUGUGGAGAGCUCGGUGGACAAAUCCAAGCCCUGGAGUAGGUCCAUCGAGGACCUGCACCGAGGGGGCAACCUGCCCUCCCCCGUGGGCAACAGUGCGUCCCGCUCGGGAAGACAUUCUGCACUGCGAUAUAAUACUUUGCCAAGCAGAAGAACUCUGAAAAAUUCAAGAUUAGUGAGUAAGAAAGAUGACGUACACGUCUGUAUCAUGUGUUUACGUGCCAUCAUGAAUUACCAGUAUGGCUUCAACAUGGUCAUGUCGCACCCACACGCUGUCAAUGAGAUUGCGCUGAGCUUGAAUAACAAGAAUCCCAGAACAAAAGCCCUUGUGUUAGAACUGUUGGCAGCCGUUUGUCUUGUCAGAGGCGGGCAUGAAAUCAUUUUAUCAGCAUUUGACAACUUUAAGGAGGUUUGCGGAGAGAAACAGCGCUUUGAGAAGUUGAUGGAACACUUCAGGAAUGAAGACAAUAACAUAGAUUUUAUGGUGGCCUCUAUGCAGUUUAUUAAUAUUGUAGUCCAUUCAGUAGAAGACAUGAAUUUCAGAGUUCACCUCCAAUAUGAAUUUACCAAGUUAGGCCUGGAUGAAUACUUGGAUAAGCUGAAGCACACGGAGAGCGACAAGCUGCAGGUUCAGAUACAGGCUUACCUGGACAACGUGUUUGAUGUGGGAGCCCUGCUGGAAGAUGCCGAAACCAAGAACGCAGCCCUGGAGAGGGUGGAAGAACUGGAGGAAAACAUCUCUCAUUUGUCUGAAAAACUGCAAGACACAGAGAAUGAAGCCAUGUCUAAGAUCGUGGAACUGGAAAAGCAGCUCAUGCAGAGGAACAAGGAGCUGGACGUUGUUCGAGAAAUCUACAAAGAUGCAAAUACCCAGGUUCACACAUUAAGGAAAAUGGUCAAAGAAAAAGAAGAAGCCAUUCAAAGACAGUCUACCCUGGAAAAAAAGAUUCAUGAACUGGAGAAACAAGGGACCAUUAAAAUUCAGAAGAAAGGGGAUGGGGAUAUUGCCAUACUGCCAGUUGCGGCUUCUGGUGCACCGUCCACAGGGUCAGAAGUGGCAGUGGGUAAUUUUGUGGGACCAGUAACGGGGGCUGCUGCCUCGGGUCCCUUGCCCCCUCCUCCCCCACCACUACCUCCAUCGUCAGACGCACCUGAAGCAGUGCAAAAUGGUCCAGUAACCCCACCUAUGCCCCCCGCUCCUCCCCCCCCUCCCCCUCCCCCGCCGCCGCCUCCUCCCCCCCCUCCCCCUCUCCCGGGUCCUGCCGAGACUGCACCAGCCCCUCCCUUACCACCGCCCCCUCCUCCCUCUGCACCCCCGCUGCCCGGGACGUCUUCACCCACAGUGGUUUUCAACUCAGGAUUAGCAGAUGGGCCCAUCAAGCUUUUCUCUGUGAAAAUCAAGAAGCCAAUCAAGACAAAAUUCAGAAUGCCAGUUUUUAACUGGGUUGCCCUGAAGCCAAAUCAGAUCAAUGGCACGGUCUUCAAUGAAAUUGAUGAUGAGCGAAUUCUGGAGGACUUAAAUGUGGAUGAAUUUGAGGAAAUAUUUAAGACAAAAGCCCAAGGUCCUGCCAUUGAUCUUUCUUCAAGCAAACAGAAGAUAACGCAGAAGGGAUCAAACAAAGUAACAUUACUAGAAGCAAAUAGGGCCAAAAAUCUUGCCAUAACAUUAAGGAAAGCUGGAAAGACCGCUGAGGAAAUAUGUAAAGCUAUUCAUGUAUUUGACUUGAAGACAUUGCCUGUAGACUUUGUAGAAUGUUUGAUGAGGUUCUUGCCAACCGAGAACGAGGUGAAGGUGCUUCGGCUCUAUGAGCGGGAAAGGAAGCCUCUGGAGAACUUGUCGGAUGAAGACCGGUUCAUGAUGCAGUUCAGUAAAAUCGAGAGGCUCAUGCAGAAGAUGACCAUCAUGGCCUUCAUUGGGAACUUUGCUGAGAGCAUUCAGAUGCUCACUCCUCAACUGCACUCGAUUAUAGCAGCAUCUGUCUCUAUAAAGUCAUCCCAAAAACUCAAGAAAAUUCUGGAGAUCAUUUUGGCCCUUGGAAACUACAUGAAUAGCAGUAAGCGAGGAGCGGUUUAUGGAUUUAAACUUCAGAGUUUAGAUCUGCUCUUAGAUACAAAGUCAACAGACCGAAAGCAAACACUGUUGCACUAUAUAUCAAAUGUUGUAAAAGAAAAAUAUCACCAAGUGUCCCUAUUUUAUAAUGAGCUUCAUUAUGUGGAGAAAGCUGCUUCAGUCUCCCUUGAGAACGUUUUACUGGACGUCAAGGAGCUCCAGCGGGGCAUGGACUUGACCAAGAGGGAGUACACCAUGCAUGACCACAACACGCUGCUGAAGGAGUUCAUCCUCAGCAACGAGGGGAAGCUCAAGAAGCUGCAGGAUGACGCCAAGAUCGCACAGGAUGCCUUUGAUGAUGUGGUGAAGUAUUUUGGAGAAAAUCCCAAGACGACCCCACCCUCUGUCUUCUUUCCUGUCUUUGUCCGGUUUGUGAAAGCCUAUAAGCAAGCAGAGGAGGAAAAUGAGCUGAGGAAGAAGCAGGAGCAGGCACUCAUGGAAAAACUCCUGGAGCAGGAGGCACUGCUGGAGCAGCAGGACCCCAAGUCUCCUUCCCACAAAUCAAAGAGGCAGCAGCAAGAAUUAAUUGCGGAAUUACGAAGGCGACAAGUUAAAGAUAACAGACAUGUAUAUGAAGGAAAAGAUGGUGCCAUUGAAGAUAUUAUCACAGCCUUAAAGAAGAAUAAUAUCACUAAAUUUCCAAAUGUUCACUCGAGGGUAAGGAUUUCUUCUAGCACACCGGCGGUGGAGGAUGCACGGAGCUGAUCUUAGAAACCAACCAUACAGACGAGCCGAUGCGGUGAGGAGAAGUGUCAGGCGGCGCUUUGAUGAUCAGAACUUGCGUUCUGUUAAUGGUGCCGAAAUAACCAUGUGAACCUGAGACCUGCCUGUAUGAAUAGAGGGUGUUUGUGAAUGAAACUAUUCACAUGAACUUUAUGUGCUACCAUUUAACUGCAGCCUUGAACAUAGAUAAAAUAUUCUAAGGGCUCAGAUUUAGCAAACACAUAGGAAUUUAGGAGUGAUGGGCUCUCUUUUCAACCUUUGUUAUUAACAAGUGCCUCAAAGUGGAAAUACCUGCUCAGAUUAAUCAAAGCAAUAGGAUUUGAUUUGAUGAUUAGGUAUCUUUUUACACCAGAUGGUAUUCAAUUUAACCAAAAUGUAAAUUUCACAUUACAUUUAUUACCUGCCAUUUUAAUUGUCCCAUGAUGGCCCACCCUGGUUUCCUGAUUAGUUGUAAAUAACAUGGAUGAAUCUGCGUGGGCUUCUUUUGCUGAGAUGUUUUUAAGGAAUUAAUUUGUUUCAGCCAUACUCAUCCACUUUGUAUUCUUAAGGGCUUGUAACAUGGAAGACAGAAAAGUCGUAUGAUAAACUGGUGUCCCAUAACCAAGCCCCAGCGAAGUAUAAACAGAAUGCAAUUACAGGGGCGCAGAAGUCACUCAUUUCACAUUCUAUUACUUCUGUGCCAGGCAGGGUAUGAUGCCCUCUGUGAGACUUCACCAGGCUGAAUGCAAGGAUAUGGUGGCCUACAAAUGUUGUGUGACUCACUCUCAGUACUGUGUUCUUCAGCUAGAGGCAGCUUUUAAAAAUGCAAAUGUAUAUAUUAGCACUAAAAUUAGCAUCUCAGUAAUCAGAAUCGCAAUUUCUGAGCACCAUAAUGGGGAUGUGAAAACAGAAAUUGGUGCCUUGCUAGCCAGGGGGAGAAGUUCACUAGCUCUACCUACCAACAAGCAUUCAAGAUUACUUCUGCUCCUGUCAGUAACCUGGCCUUAUUUUCUGACAAUCGCAGGGUUAUCUUCCUCCUCCCUUUUGUAAAUUCAAGAUAUAUUUGGCAUCAUAUAUCAAAGCCAAGUUGUUGUAUUUCUCACAUUUGGGAAUUUCAAUUAAAUUGCAGAAAUACAUUGGGAGAAACCUAGAUAUGUAAUGGGACUAAAUGGCCAACUAAGCCAGUUACUUUUCCUUCCUCUCUGGCAGGGCACUUGAUCCAUUCCAAAGUCAAAAACUGGACUAAAGCUAAUUGUACUUUUCAUAAUACACAUUCUUCUUCUGGCUUACCUUCCUGGUACAUUACAACAAUAUAUUAAUUGUAAAGUUUAUUGUAUAGUAUUUAACCAAUGAAUUUAUUUUUUGUUGUGCUUAUGUGAACUCCUUGGUGAAGGUCCCAUUUUCCUUGGAUAAUGUGUAGUUAUAUGAUCUUUUUAAAUGUACAGAUAUUUUGCUAUAAAAUUGGUGCAGUUUUUUAUGGUUUUUACACUUCUUUAAUUCCCACCUAAGCCUCUGGGUAAUACUGUAAAUACUGUUUAAAAAUGCAUCAGCUUAUGCUAUACAACCUGAAUAUUAUUUUAACUUAUAGUUCUUUUUAAUAUAUUUAACUACAAUGACAGUUUAGGGGAUCAGUUACAUUUCACUUUAGCAUACCUAUUUACAGAAAGAUUACUUUCAAACUGCCACCUGCUAGCACAUUUUCAUAAAUGUGUACUUUAAAAAGAACAUGCCAAGAUUUUGUCUUUAUUGACUCAACAUUCAUUUUUCUGAAAAGAGCAACUUGACCAUGAAGUACAACACAAAGUCCUUUUUGCGGUCCUUUAUUAUAAGCAGCCGUUGCCCAAAGCUCAAUGCUGAUCACGUUAAGAUGCCAAUUUAUUCAUCUACCAACAAGACAAUAAUGUUGGCAUGUUCUCUUCUGUUUGUCUAUUAAUGGGCCUGCUUCUUAGCAAUAUUAGAAAUGUUUUAUAAAAAAAGCAGUUCAUGUUACUUUUCUGAUCUUUUCAUGACAUAUGAGCAAAUAAACUAUUUACACUACUA